AUGCAAUCUAAAAGUGAUUCAACGCUAAGAUCGUUUACUCAGUCAAAAAACGAUACUAAAAAUAAUAAUAAUUCAAGUGUUACACAAUUAAAACACCUUCAGUUACCAAAACCAUCAUGUAUCAAUAACGCUUCUUCUCAUACCCCUCCUAAUGUUCACAUUGAUAUGAAAUUAAGCAUCGACACGAAUUGCUCCAAUAUUCGUAACAUUAUUCAUUCAGAUUACAAUAGAAAAUUGAAAUAUCAAAGUAAUACUAUUCGUCAAAUUAUUAGUAAUAGUAAUGGUGAUAAAAUUUCAGAUAGUUUCCCUAAUCCGCCAAAUGAUUAUAAUUUAUUGUACAAAAAUCGUUCAGUACCCAGUAAGUGA